AAUCUAUAUCACCAUCGGUUCCAGGGCAAGUCUGUGGCAAUUCGACAUCAACCUUUGGAGCUUUGGAUCAAUUCGUGAUAAUCUCUAGGAAUCAGUGGAGUUUCCGUGUGGAAUUUGGAAGAAACCGAGCGACAUGGAAGCUAUGGCGAGCUACGUCAAGGACACCGAGCUACGGCUCGGUUUGCCCGGCUCUGACGCGUCGGAGAAGCCGGUCACAAGGGGUGGAAAACGGGCACUUCUGGAGGAUGAGUCCGACUUCAAUGAUUCUUCGCCGGAGGAAGACUCCGGUCGCAGGAGUGUUGUUGCCUCUCCAAUGGCGAAAGCACAACUAGUUGGAUGGCCACCGAUCCGGACAUACAGGAAGAACAACUUCCAGGCGAGGAAGGCAGAGACGGAGCCAGAGGCCGUCGGAUUGUUUGUGAAGGUUAGCAUGGAUGGGGCUCCUUACUUGAGGAAGAUUGACCUCAAGGUUUACAAGGGGUACAAGGAGUUCAGAGAGGCCUUAGACAUCAUGUUCAAAUGUUUUUCCUUAGGUGAAGUAUCAAGAAAAGAAGGUUCUAAUGGAUGUGAAUAUGCUAUCAUUUAUGAAGACAAAGAUGGUGACUUGAUGUUGGUUGGAGAUGUUCCUUGGGAGAUGUUUAUUUCUUCUUGCAAAAGACUAAGGAUAGUGAAAGGAUAUGAAGCAAGAAGUUUGAAAUCAAGUCAACCAAUUCUAUAAAAGAUACAAAUGAAACUUGAUCGUUUACUUCAUGAAACUAUGCAGACGCUGAACAGAGAAGGAAAGUUUGGAAGUGGAUUUUGGAUCACGUUCCAAGAAACUAAAAAUAUGAAAAGGAAAAUUACAAGUCAAGAUGCUAAACAUGGAUCAAAUAUGCAUUUAAUCGAGAAUAUGAGGCAUGUUGUAUAUUACAAGUCAAUCUAUUUUGUUAGAAUAAAAUUAUUUAUUUGUUUUUUUUCAUAAUUAUGGAUAUUGUACCCCUUAUGUCGCACAUGUGCGUUUUAUAAUUGUGCUCCGGACUUAACGAACUUCGUCCGCGAGUUACUUUUACAGUUUA